CCUCCUUCGUCUCUGCCUCAUUUUGAUUCGUCUCUCUGGUUUAUUGCUCGUCGAUCGUUUGUUUAUCAUUUUCCAUUUUUGUGCUUGAUGGAUCGUGAUUUUCAUCGUCGUGGUCAAGUGGCGAAUGAUCGUUCACCGAGCAGCUACUUUGUUCGAUUGGAUAAACCGAGAUCUGUAGACGAUCUUGAUAUAGGCAAGAGAGGGAAGAUGCGUAGGUGGCUUUGCUGUUCUUGUCAUGUAAAAGAAUCUUACCCUUCAUCUGAACAUAACCGAUUGAAAAGCCCUCCUACUCGCCACCACGACUAUGGACGUAACAAUAAGAAACCACCAGCUCCUGUGAAGCCUUCAGUCUUAAAGGAGCCUCCUCCUAUUGAUGUGCCUGCAAUGUCAUUGGAUGAGCUCAGAGAAAAGACUGAUAAUUUUGGAUCAAAGGCCUUAAUUGGGGAAGGAUCAUAUGGAAGAGUGUACUAUGCAAACUUGAAUGAUGGAAAGGCCGUGGCUGUGAAAAAGCUCGAUAACUCAUCUGAGCCCGAGACAAAUGUCGAGUUCUUGACUCAGGUCUCCAAGGUCUCAAGGCUGAAGAAUGACAACUUUGUUCAGCUUCUUGGUUAUUGUGUCCAAGGAAAUCUCCGCGUCCUUGCGUAUGAGUUUGCCACAAUGGGAUCCUUGCACGACAUUUUACACGGGAGAAAGGGAGUCCAAGGAGCACAGCCAGGUCCAACACUUGAGUGGAUGCAACGAGUUCGAGUUGCAGUUGAUGCAGCUAAAGGAUUGGAAUACUUACACGAGAAAGUUCAACCUCCAGUUAUACAUAGAGAUAUUCGAUCUAGCAAUGUGCUUCUUUUCGAAGAUUUCGAAGCCAAGAUCGCCGAUUUCAAUCUGUCUAAUCAAGCUCCUGAUAUGGCUGCUCGUCUUCAUUCCACUAGAGUUUUGGGGACUUUUGGUUAUCACGCACCAGAAUACGCAAUGACAGGACAGCUGACCCAAAAGAGUGAUGUUUACAGUUUUGGAGUUGUGCUUUUGGAGCUUCUAACCGGGAGAAAACCGGUUGAUCAUACGAUGCCUCGUGGUCAACAAAGUCUUGUCACUUGGGCUACUCCAAGGCUAAGUGAAGACAAGGUGAAGCAAUGUGUUGAUCCAAAACUCAAAGGAGAGUACCCUCCCAAAGCAGUUGCAAAGCUUGCAGCGGUUGCAGCGUUGUGCGUGCAAUACGAAGCAGAGUUUAGGCCAAACAUGAGCAUUGUCGUAAAAGCUCUUCAACCGCUCUUGAGGUCUUCAGGAACAGCUUCUGCUCAUCCAACCCCUCAGAUAUGAUUUUCUUCUUUGUGGUUCUUGCAUAUUAAAUUAAUUCAUGGCUUCAAAGGUUUUAUUUUUUCCUAUUUCUAUUUACAAAUGGAAUGUAAAUGGGUUAUCAAGGAAGAGAUGGUGAGUAGGAAUUGGCUUUGAGUAGAUGAAGAUAAAUUGAGUUGAUGGGUAAUCUUCUAAAAUUUCUUCGUUCUUUUACCAUAACCGCUGAUUGAGGGAAUGUACACAGACUUAUAACAAACCUGUUCUGAUUCAUGACUUUAUACAGUAUCAUAAUUAUAUAUUAUUUCGUAG